UCAAACCCGACCCAAUUGCAUAAAAUGCGAGGACACGAAGAGAUCUCUCUCUGAAGCAAACAUGGAGUUGUUAUGGAUCUGACCUCUGAUUUUCGGUCUUCAUAAUUCAUGGCUUCUGUACUGGAUAUAAAUGAGGAGGCGCCAAAUGGUUCUACUGAUGCCGACCUUAAGCGUUCUAGUAAUGCUCCGCUGGUAGCCACCUCUCUUCAGAACAUACUUUGGGUUGUGCAAAAUGAUGAAACGACUCGAGAAUCUGCUCAAGAUGGAUCCCUAGUCGAAGUUGAUGAGCCAUAUGUGGGUCAGGAGUUUGAUACAGAGGUAGAUGCACAGGCGUUUUAUAAUGUCUAUGGCUUGCGUAUGGGUUUCAAUACUCGGAUGAACUAUCUGUCACGAUCCAAACAUGAUGGAACAGUUGUUGCUCGAACAUUUGUAUGCAGCAAAGAGGGUUACCGGAAGCCUGAUAGGCGUGACAAGAAGACCCUAAACCCACGGGCCCCCACUAGGGUAGGUUGUAUGGCAAUGCUAUCAAUCAAGAAACUGAAUCCUCAAAAGUGGGUCGUGUCCAAGUUUAUAAAGGAGCACAACCAUACACUAAUACCGAGCAAACGUCAAAAAGGGUUGGUUGAGGAUCAAAUACCGGAUGAUAAGACGAAGAUUGAAGAAUUAAGUCGAGAACUGUUCCUUGAGAGAGAGCGGUCUGCUUCACUAAGAAAAGUCAUAGACCUUCUAUUUGAACACAUUGAGGAACAUACACAAGACCUGUCGAAGAAAGUCCAGUAUGUUGUGGAUAAGGUGAAGGAGAUUGAAUCGGAAGGAAAAAAACCGUCCUGACCUCAGAUAAUUCUUAUGUGUAUUGUACAUAUUAAAAUUGGAUAUAAUGACUUUGCUUUUGCUGAAGAGUUAGAUGUGCUCAUACAUGAAUCUAGUUUUCCUGAUUAAAAACAUGUCUUUAGUCGUAUACAACUGCGAGUAUGGCUCCGACAGAUGGGAGAUGUGCCACGCGCAAUGGUAGUUUUUUUACCUAUUCCAGAUGCUAGUAUGAAUUUAAGUCAUAAAAAGCGGAGAAAACAUAUUAUGCUUG